AUGGAAAAAGAAGAAAAAAGCAGCUGGAAAGCAAACUACUUAGUUAAAAUCGAGCAAUUGCUCGACGAGUUCCCAAAAUGCUUCAUUGUCGGCGCGGACAACGUUGGGUCUCGCCAGAUGCAGACCAUUCGUAUGUCGCUUCGUGGCUCAGCCAUUGUCUUCAUGGGCAAGAACACCAUGAUGCGUAAAGCAAUCUGUGGUCACCUGGAGGAAAACCAGAACCUCGAGAACCAGAGCCAGAAGCUGUUACCGCACAUCCGCGGUAACGUUGGCUUCGUGUUCACCAAGGGUGACCUGGUCGAAGUGCGCGACAAGCUGAUGAAAAGCAAGGUCCGUGCCCCAGCUCGUGCUGGUGCCAUCGCUCCGCUAGAAGUCGUCAUUCCAGCGCAGAACACUGGUCCAGAGAAGACUUCUUUCUUCCAGGCUCUGUCUAUUCCGACCAAGAUGUCCAAGGGUACAAUUGAAAUCAUCAACGAUGUACCCAUCCUGAAGCCAGGCAACAAGGUCGGAGCUUCCGAGGCUACCUUGCUGAAUAUGUUGAACAUUUCGCCGUUCUCGUACGGUCUACAAAUUCAGCAAGUGUAUGAUUCUGGUUCUAUUUUCUCUCCGGAUAUUUUGGACAUCAAGCCGGAAGACCUCCGUGCCAAAUUCCAGGCAGGAGUGGCCAAUUUGGCAGCAAUUUCGCUCGAGAUCGGAUAUCCGACGUUGGCUUCCGUACCACACAGCAUCGCCAACGGAUUCCGCAAUCUGCUGGCCAUUGCACAUGAUUCCCCACUGUGCAUUGCCGCCGUCACCGAGGUUGAGUUCAAAGAAACCGAAACCGUCAAGGAGUUCAUCAAGGAUCCGAGCAAAUUUGCUGCUGCUGCUGCUUCGGUCACUGCCGCCAAGGAGGAAAAGAAGGAAGAAUCCGAGUCCGAGGAUGACGAUAUGGGCUUCGGCUUGUUCGAUUAGAAAGCUGGCGGGUUUCUCAUUCGUGGCAUUCGCAUGUUAUACCAUCCUUUAAUUUCAACACUUGCAACUGGUUCGUGUUUGCAGUUCGGGUCAAUCGUAUCUACUCGCCCGGGAUUUGCGACAACAGGUCCCCAUGGCGAUAUACGAUCG